AUGAGCCUUCUUGAACAAAUCGACGUCGGGAUCCUUGUUGCUGCUCUAGCUAGCGCUCUUCCCGAUGGGGAUGGCGACAUCCCUAUGCGGUAA